AUGGACGCCCUCGCCUGCGUCGCGCCGCCCGCGCUGCUCUCCCGCUCCUUCGCCGACGCCGCCAUCACCCGCGCGCUCCACUUCUCCCUCUCCGCCACCGGCCGCUCCCCCGUCCCCGACCCGCCCUCCACCCUCGGCGCCGCCUGCAGCGCGGCUCCCACAACGGGCGCCUCGCCCGCCUUCUGCGUGCCCGCGCCACCCCUGGCGGCGCCGGCCGCGCGCUGCAAGCUCGGGCCCUCGGGCGGGCGCGCGGGGAAGCGGCGGCCGCGCCCGUCCAAGCGCGUGCCCACCACGUACAUCAGCGCCGACGCCGCCACCUUCCGCCUCAUGGUGCAGCACGUCACCGGCGCCGGCCCCGACCCGCAGCUCCACGCCGACGCCGCCCUCGCUCUCCUCAUGCCGCCCUUCGGCGUGGACCACCUGCUGCCUUCGGACCCCGCGGCGGCCGCGGCACACGUCGCAGCCUACGCGCUCCCGCGUCCGGAGGCGGCCGAGCCGCCGUGCUUCCCCACGCUCGACUCCUGGAACGUCAUCUACGACAAGAACUAG